AUGGCCAAACUAAUUGGCACCAUUGUCACAUUUGGUGGUGUACUCAUAAUAGUUCUAGUACAUGGCCAUGUAAAACUUUGGGCAGAAGAAAAGCCAAAUCAUGCCUCUGAGAGUGGUGGGAAUGGGAUAAGCCCAAACUCAACUCAUUUCAUUAGAGGUUCCAUCAUACUAAUGUUUGGGUACUUGAGUUCCUCUGGCUUCAUCUUUAUGCUGUCAACCACAUCACGGGUUUAUCCUGCCGAGCUCUCCCUCACAGCAUGGAUAUGCUUUAUUGGAACAAUUGAGGGAGGCAUGGUUGCAGCUGUGGUAGAAAGAAGUAAUACUGCAGUGGGGAGAAUCCAUUUGGAUUCAAAGCUUGGUGCGGGGGUAUGUUGUUCAGGACUUGCUUAUUAUAUGCAAGGGUUCGUAAUAAAGUACAAGGGUCCUAUUUUCUUGACAGCCUUCAACCCUUUAAACAUAGUUUUGGCGGCUAUAGCCAGUACAUUGCUUCUUCAUGAACAAUGUAACCUUGGAAGUAUACUUGGUGCUACAAUAAUUGUGUUGAGGCUUUACACUGUUCUCUGGGGCAAAAGUAAAGAUAACAACACCCCGGAAAAAGAGGAACAAGAACCAGCCCAGGAACAAGUUGAGGAAGAAAAUGGUGUAGUAGAUGUAGAGAUAUGC